AAAGAUGAAAACAAAACAGAGCGAAGAAAGGAUCGUUAAACCCUAAGAGCCGCCUCAUUUCUUCGCGCUUUCUCCUCUUCCUCUCAGCAGUUAACUUGGCACCUUCCCGCCGUCUCCUCCGUCGCUCUCGGUGCCACCGUCGACGCCGUACCCCUUCUUCCCAUAUUUGUCUACCUUUCUUGGUCUCAGUGUGGAAACUCAGAACAAUUCCAUAAUGCAGUCAACCGAAGCCUCCACUUCCAUGGAAGUAGAAGCAGUUUCAACUCAACCGAAACCAGUAGUUAGCACAUUACCCCCAAAACCUCACUUUGAUCCUCUAAAGCCUCACGAGAUGAAUGAUGGUCGAGUUCAGUUCCGAAAGGUCUCUGUUCCUCCGCAUCGAUAUUCUCCGCUCAAGAAAGCAUGGAUGGAAAUUUACACCCCAAUUUAUGAGCAGAUGAAAAUUGACAUCCGAAUGAAUCUCAAGGCACGAAAAGUCGAACUUAAAACCAGAGCAGACACGCCUGAUAUCAGUAACUUACAGAAAUGUGCAGAUUUUGUCCAUGCUUUCAUGCUCGGUUUUGAUGUGAUUGAUGCCAUUGCACUCCUACGGGUGGAUGAACUCUAUGUGGAGUCUUUUGAGAUUAAAGAUGUUAAGACACUUCGAGGCGAGCACUUGUCUCGUGCCAUAGGCAGAUUGUCUGGUAAAGCUGGUAAGACAAAGUUUGCCAUCGAAAACGCCACGAAGACGAGGAUAGUUAUUGCAGACACAAAGAUUCACAUAUUAGGAUCCUUUGCAAAUAUCAAGAUUGCAAGGGAUUCUCUUUGCAGCCUCAUUUUAGGGUCCCCUGCUGGAAAAGUUUAUUCAAAACUGAGAGCAGUCACAGCCAGAUUGGCUGAAAGGUUUUGAUCUUUCAUGAUUAUUGUAGUUUUCAUGAGAAGUUUCUAUUGAUUACUGAUUUUUGCUCACUGGGAAGAGUUUAUUGAUUAUUGAAAAGCUUGUGCAUUGAAGUUAUGUUCGUGAUCCGAUUAUGAAUCAAUCUGAAAAUGGGUAUCAGGUGAUUGACGUUUUGCUUGUCGAUCGAGGUUCAUAUGUGUAAUAGCUAUAUUGAUUGUGACCUGAUUAUGAAUCAAUCUAAAAACGGGUAUCAGGUGAUUAACAUUUCGC